GUGGGCAGGGACGGUUACUGCGUAAAUAACUACGGUAGCGUACCCCUCGUCGACUUGACAUGUGACCGGUUUAAUGUUUCACGGUGACUUCCGCGCGCAACAAUAAUGAUCCACUCCUCGGCCCCUUCUAUCAACUCUCGAGGUUUCGCUCUAGGUUAUGUUUCAUUCUGAUCGCGAGCAAAUCCACGGUUGUUUCCAUACCCUCCGAACGAGAAGAGGCUCCCUGUGAAAGAGGACCCAACGCGAAAUAUGAGAGUACAAAUGAACGGACCGUGCUACGCAGUUCAAUUAGAAUACCGUUUAGCGAUACUCCGCCGCCACGCUCCGCUGCACUAAUUCAAUAUACGGGCCAAGGUGCAAUAAGGCAGUGUAAUGAAUGUAGGACUACCUACUUACGAUGGUCUGGAGAAAGAACCAAGUUCGAACAAUUCAGCGGAAAGCGGAGGAGGAGGUACGAAGAAGCUGGCCAGAGGGAUAUCCAGAGCGACUGAGAACGCAGCUAUUGUCUCCUACGCUCGUUCUCAGUUAGCCACUAUAGGAUCCCUGGAUACCCCAGAGUUCACGUUCUCUCUACCUGAUUUGAGCGUGUACCCGGACUCGUUUCGUCAAUUCCUGGAGAAAGAUCUGAUAGAAGGCGGUUGUUUAACUUCUCUGGAAGCUGCCGGUCGUCUAAAUUGGUGGUGCGGUGGUAAAAAUAGUAAUAACAGAGUUCUAUGGCCCUUGGCAACAUCCGGAGAUGGGAAUUGUCUGCUGCAUGCAGCUUCCCUCGGAAUGUGGGGCUUCCAUGAUAGGCUCCUCACGUUGAGAGAAGCUUUGCACAACACGUUAGCCAAAGGAGAGUAUAGACAUGCUCUGUUUCGAAGAUGGAAGUGGCGACAGACGGGGCUGAACGCAGCUGCAGGAUUGUCUUAUACAGAGGCAGAGUGGUUGACGGAAUGGCAGACACUCGUAGACAUGGCCUCGCCAGUUUUCAGAAAUCAGACCGCUACUUCUUAUCAGAGCCUCGAAGAAGUACAUAUAUUAGCUUUGGCUCAUGCUUUGAAGAGACCCAUUAUAGUUAUAGCAGAAACAAUGUUAAAAGACGCAGAGGGUGUAGCUUUAGCGCCAAUCCCGUUUGGUGGAGUGUACUUACCUUUAGAAGUGCCUCCGGCUCGUUGUCAUAGAACCCCAUUGCUUUUAGCUUAUCAUUCGGCACAUUUUUCUCCUCUCGUUACCGUGGACGGGGCGAAUGAUUUCGGAGACGGCUGUAACGAAGGUGUUAGCAUACCUCUCAUAGACCCGGACACGGGUCAGUUGUUACCAGCUCUGUUCGCGGUCGACCCGGGUCCGGAUUGGGAUUGGGAGGAAGGUUCCCGAGACCUGUUAACCUGCCAACAGGACACGAUGGAAAUUUUGCUGAGACAAUAUUUGGACUGCGAGUAUCAAAAUUUUACCCCGGAAGAGAUCGACAGAUUGUCAGAUUCUGACGGCUCGCUCUCGAAAACGGCCAAGCAAAUACUGGGCGUAGCUAAGCAAUUCGGAUCGAUCGGAAAAUCCGUGAGCAAGAGGCUGUGGUCUAUGACGAAGAGACCAAAGAGCCUGCCGUCAACAGCAGGCGGAUUGUCCACAGAAGGGAUAUUGUGCGUAAAGAUCAGAAGUAGGCGGCAUCAGUACGUGGACCAGAUGCUUCAGAAUUAUCUUCAAUGUGCUCACGCAAGGUACCUGCAGGAUCAUAAAGUUGACGAAACCGGCACUGAGAUGAAUUACGGUGCGGGCAAAUCCAAAUUUUAUGCCGCCAGCGAUCGAGAUAGUCAUGCGAGCGUUAGCAAAUUAUUACCUACGAAUCCGAAUAAAGACCGUACACUUUACCUCUCGAGAUCCACUUUCUAUAAUGACCAAUCGUCGUCCGAGAAACUGGGACCAGAAGGUAUCGUUAAAGCGUGUCGCAACGAAGAAUGUCAAUUUUUCGGCUCGGUGGAGAACGAUUACUAUUGUUCGCAAUGUUGGGCGAACAGACGCUAUCGUUGAGACACAUCUCGACAACAUAUGACAAUAAUAACUUAUUAAUAUCGUUCGAAUUAAACGAAGCAUAAUCGAUUUUAGACGUAACACUAGCCAUUUUUUGAAUGCUGCUUGAUAAAGAAAGGUAAUUGACUCGCCGGAGUUUUCUUCCCGCUACGUUAUUUCAUUCUAUAAAUCGUUUUUGUUUGAGACGCGUGACAGUAACACUUUUCAUCUUUCUCUCUCUCUCUCUCUCUCUUGUGACAAUAAAAAGUUUUAAGUAAUACAUCGACGCUGCUGUAGUAAAGGCAUGAGAAAUAAUCGUAUUCACGAACGCCGCAUCAUCAUUUGUCCUCAUUAUUUAUUUCGGCAUUCAUCUGUUUAAAAGAACAUAUCAAAUGUACAGGGUUGAAAGUUUAAAUACCUCUUGACUAGCUUCUACUCGUACAUACACGUACGUGUGUAUAAUCUACAAUCUGCCUUUCGAUGUAUAGCAUCAAAAACCCCCCAAAGAGAAGAAUUCUAUUUUCCAUCGUAUAGUAGUAUUUUCGCAAGAAAUUCCUGAAUUUUUGCACGUGCCUUCUAUCUCGCAUAAUAUAAAAGUACUUACACGCAUAAUAAAUACAACGGUAAUACUCGAUCAUUGCUGCGAUGAGAAUAUCGUUCUCUCGCGACUACCUCUAUCGCUUUAAGUAUAAUGCUUUGUAUGUAAAAAUCAAUUAAUCGUGCGUUUGAUAUGUCAAAAUGGUAUCGGAUCAUUCAUUAGAUUUUAAUCCCCCCGUGCCUAUUGGCAACUGUUCAUGUAAAAUUGUGUGCGAAAUAAAACAUAUUUUUAUAC